GCUUGUUUACAGCGCCGGAGCUGCGAUAACAGGAGCUCCACUUUACUCAGCGCUUAUCGGAGAUCAUAACGGUGAUGGAGAUAAUAACAUCAGCGAGCAGCACACCGCUGUAGCUCUGUCGUGUGUUUAAUCGCUCAGUGUUCGUUCCUGCGUGGAAAAUAAACACCUAGCUCGUCAGAAACUAGCGGUUCUUGCUAACCGAAGAGGAGCUACCGAUUCAAAAUCACGGACCCGAGUGGGAACGCGAGGAGAGACGCGGAGAGGAGAGGGAGGCAAAAGAAAACGGCGAUUAUUUCCACACUGCUUUCACACAUUUUCUGGAUUAUUUCAUUUUGCCUUUUUUUUUUCUAAGUCGUUCUAGGCUUCACCCGGACAAGUUACCAAGUUAAAAAAGUUGCCGUGUUCGGAUGAAAAUUAAGCGCCUCGCUCUAGUGUAUGCGCGAGCCUCAAUAUCCAGCGUCUCCCUCUGCUAGUUAGCCGUUAGCUCGCCGAGCGCACGGGCAUUUUCCGUUGGACCAGCUAAAGGCGGCUAGCUCAGCUCAGCUCGGUUCGGCUCGGUGCUCAGCUAGCCCCGCAAAGAAAUGGAGUCAGAGGAUGCGGGCUUUCAAAUUUAUUCGUCAUCUUGUGCGGGAAUUCGGAUAUACAUCGGCUAGCGUCUGAAAACGACUUCGAGUAUCAGUAUCCAGCUAGCUCAGUGACCGAACUCCAUGCUGAAGUCAAAGGCGAGCUAAACCCGGCUAAGCUAGCUGGUCUCCGUUAGAAAUUCCUUUACGCACCAGGCUAAAAAAGCCAAGCUAGCGAGACUGUGUGUGCGCGCGUGUGUGUGUGAGAGAGAGAGUUAAACCUUUUUUCCCCCCCCAGUUACCAAGGACACGAAAAGUCCAGACAGAUAAUUGAAAGACAAUUAUAAUCAGUUAGCUGGCUAUUUAUUGUAUAGGUGCCAUUAUUAUUUUUUUCUUUAGUUACUCCCCCCCCUCAGUGUUUACAGGAAUGAGGUGUUGGACAUCCAGGACUAAGGAUUUGUCCUUAUUCUGUGCACUGCUGCUGCUGUCCCUCUCAGUUCACUGCCAGUGGUCCUCAAAUGAUGGAAUCUGUAGUCCAGGCAUUGACAUCGGAAAUGAGAUCAGCGACUUUAAGAAGCUGGAGAACUGCACGGUGGUCGAGGGCUACCUGAAGAUCCUUCUCAUCGGAAACAAGCCGGCCAAUUAUAUGGCCUUUCAGACACUCAGUUUCCCCAAGCUAACAAUGAUCACAGACUACCUGCUCCUCUUCCGUGUGCCCGGACUGGCCAGCCUGAGCACGCUUUUUCCGAACCUCUCGGUGAUCCGAGGCCGCAAUCUCUUCUACAACUACGCGCUGGUCAUCUUUGAGAUGAACAGCUUAACAGACAUCGGCCUCCACAGCCUGCACAACAUCACCCGCGGCGCCGUGCGCAUCGAGAAGAAUCCCGAGCUCUGUUACUUGGAUUCUGUCGACUGGUCUCUCAUCAUGAACGCAGACCUAAACUUCAUUGCUGGGAACAAGAAUGCCAAGGAGUGCACAGAUGUUUGCCCAGGGUUCGCGGAGGAGAAUCCGCAGUGCAUCAAGACCAACUUCAGUCAUCACUCAAAUUACCGCUGCUGGUCAUCCAACCACUGCCAGAAAGUGUGCCCAGAGCGAUGUGGGCAGCGGGCAUGUACGGAAUCAGGAGAGUGCUGCCACGCACAGUGCCUGGGCAGCUGCACAGCACCAGACAGUACCACGGCCUGCACCGCCUGCCAGCACUACUCCCAUGAAGGUCGCUGCGUGGAGCAGUGCCCUCUAGGCACGUACAUGUUUGAGGGCUGGCGCUGCAUCACUUUAGAAACGUGCUCCGAGAUCCACCUGUCUUACUCCGAGCGCUUCGUCAUCCACAAGGGCGAGUGCAUGAUGGAGUGCCCACCUGGGUUUAACCGUGAAAACAGUCAGAGCAUGUUCUGCAGCGCUUGUGAUGGCUUGUGCGACAAGGUAUGCGAAGGGAAAGACAUCGACUCUGUGGACGCUGCACAGUCCCUGAAGGACUGCACGGUUAUUAACGGCAGCCUGCGCAUCGACAUCCGCCGUGGCAACAACAUAGCAUCCGAGCUGGAGAAGUUCUUGGGCCUCAUCAAGACGGUGACAGGAUGCGUGAGGAUUUUUCAUUCUCCCACUCUGAGCUCGCUGUCCUUCCUCAAAAGUUUAAACCACAUUAUGGGGAAGGAGCUCUGCGAUAACAUGUAUGCAUUCUCAGCGUUUGAUAACCAGAAACUCCAGUUCCUGUGGGACUGGUCACAGCACAACCUGACCAUUCAUGCUGGAAAGCUGUUUUUUUCUCGGAACCCCCAACUGUGCAAGUCCGAGAUUCGUAAGAUGUGGCUGAAAACGGGCAUCAAGGAGAAGUUUGUGGAGGAGGAUUUCCGCAACAACGGCAUCAGUGCAAACUGUAAACUGAAAAUUCUGAAAGUGCUAAGCAAUAGCACUGGGAGUAACACCAUAGCAUUAACAUGGGAACGCUAUCAACCACCAGGUUACAGAGGACUCAUCAGUUUUGAAGUGUACUACAAAGAAGCGCCUUUUCAGAACAUCUCUGUGAAUGAGGAUCUGGAUGGUUGUGGGUCCGACAGCUGGAAGGUGGUUGAUGUGGACUUGCCUCUGGACCAAAACAGAAAUCCUGAAGUCCUUUUGGCAGGCCUCAAACCCGUGACGCAGUAUGCCAUCUUUUUGGAGGCUGUAACUUUCAUAGUAUUGGACAUAGACACACAUCUUCUGGGGGCCAAGAGCAAGUUGGUCUAUAUUCGCACCAAACCUAAAGUACCUACAAUGCCUGUUGAUAUCCGUGCCUACUCCAACUCAUCCACAAGUCUGGUGGUUCAGUGGUCUCCUCCUGUGUCUCCCAAUUCGAAUCACAUCUACUAUCUGCUCCGUUGGCAGCCGCUGAAAGAAGACAGUGAGCUCUACCAACACAACUACUGUUCUAAAGAACUAAAGAUUCCCAUCAGAUACUCCACAGGGCUGACGGACCUCGCCAGGAACAUAAAGGCUAUCGAUUCAGACCCAGGAGCACAGAACAAAAGUGGGUGCUGCGAUUGCCCUAAAUCUCACGAAGAUAUGAAUAUGAAAAUUAGUGACACCCUCUACAGUAAGGCCUUUGAGGACUUCCUCCACAACACCAUCUUCCACCCCAGACCAGAGCUUCGUCAGCGCAGGGAUUUGCACGGUGUGGCUAACUCCACCUUCCAGCUGGGUGCCAAGGAGAACCCAAUUGAAGGCAGCUUUUCUACCUCAAAACCACAUCUGCAGGAGUUUCAUGAGAAAAGGCUAGAAGAAACAAGCACUGAAAUUCAAGGCCUGCAGCCUUUCACCGUGUACCGCAUCGACCUGCAUGCUUGCAACGAGGAGAUCAAGCAGUGCAGCGCUCCUGCCUUCGCCUUCCCCCGCACCCAACCAGCAGACAAAGCUGACGACAUCCCUGGCCCAGUGACGUGCCACAGUUCAGAUGACUCUGUAAUUGUGAAGUGGCCUGAACCAGCACAUCCCAAUGGCCUAAUCCUGCUCUAUGAGAUCCAGUUCCAUAUCGGAGGCGAGCUGGAGAAGCACACGUGUGUGUCCCGUCAACAGUAUAAGGAGCAUCGAGGUGUACGGCUGAAUAACCUAGGCCCUGGGAACUACUCUGUCCGCGUGAGGGCCUCCUCAUUGGCUAGGAAUGGCUCAUGGACACCACCCGUAGCCUUGGACAUCCAACAACCUGAAAACUAUGAGAAACUCCUCUUCUUAACAUGCAUCCCAUUUCUGCUGGUUCUGGUGGGCCUUGCAGUGACCUGGUUUGUGUUCACCAAGAAAAGGAACAACGACAGACUCGGAAAUGGAGUCCUGUAUGCCUCCGUCAACCCGGAGUACCUGAGUGCAACCGAAGUGUAUGUCCCCGAUGAAUGGGAGGUAGCACGGGAAAAGAUCACCAUGAGCAGAGAGUUGGGUCAAGGCUCCUUCGGAAUGGUGUACGAGGGCAUCGCCAAGGGCGUUGUCAAGGACGAACCUGAAACGCGGGUGGCCAUAAAAACAGUCAACGAGUCCGCCAGCAUGCACGAGCGAAUUGAAUUUCUCAACGAAGCUUCCGUCAUGAAGGAGUUCAACUGUCACCAUGUGGUGCGGCUCCUUGGUGUGGUGUCUCAGGGACAGCCUACUCUAGUUAUUAUGGAGCUGAUGACACAGGGUGAUCUGAAGAGUUAUCUACGUACACUACGAUCUAUUAAGAACACAUCCUGCCUGCCUUUGCCACCACUGACGAAAAUGAUUCAGAUGGCAGGAGAGAUUGCAGACGGCAUGGCCUACCUCAAUGCCAACAAGUUUGUUCACAGAGACUUAGCAGCCAGAAAUUGCAUGGUGGCUGAAGACUUCACUGUCAAAAUUGGAGAUUUUGGCAUGACGCGAGACAUUUACGAGACGGAUUACUACAGAAAGGGUGGGAAGGGCCUGCUGCCUGUGCGCUGGAUGUCUCCAGAAUCCCUCAAAGACGGCGUCUUCACCACCAUGUCUGACGUGUGGUCAUUUGGUGUGGUGUUAUGGGAGAUAGCUACGUUGGCUGAGCAGCCCUAUCAGGGUAUGUCCAAUGAGCAGGUUCUGCGCUUUGUCAUGGAGGGAGGACUGCUAGACAAACCUGACAACUGCCCUGAUAUGAUGUUUGAGCUGAUGCGCAUGUGUUGGCAGUACAACCCAAAGAUGCGUCCCACCUUCUUGGAGAUCAUUAGCAGCAUCAAGGACGAUCUGGAGCCCAAUUUCAAGGAGGUGAGCUUCUUCUACAGCGAAGAAAACAAGCCGCCAGACACCGAGGAACUGGACCUGGAGAACAUGGGCACCAUGGAGAACGUUCCGCUAGAGCCAUGCGCCAAGGCUCCAGUGCCUUCACCCGCUCCCUUCUCCCCCUCCUCGGGCACAGACAAACGCUACACCAACGGGCCUGUGCUGCUGCUGAGAAGCCCGUUCAAUGAGGCACAGCCUUACGCACACAUGAACGGAGGAAGGAAAAACGAGCGCACGUUACCCUUGCCUCAGUCGUCAGCAUGCUGAUGCCAACCUGUCCCACUUUUGAUUUAACCUUAGACCGCGUUAAGCCUCGCUGGCACUCUGGAGAACUCCUUCUCCACUCUGUCUAAUCACCACGUCAUCCUCUCUGGAACAAAACAUCACGCAGGAAACUCGGACAGUAAAGUGCCGAGGCUGUCAAACUCUCUUCAUUACCUCAGUGACGCAGUUUGUCCUUUCUCUUUGUGUUACAACCUGCGUUGACUGACAGACAGGUGGCAAAACUUUCACCGGCAUCAUUGUAGAAGCACGGCAAACACUGACAGAAAAAAAAAAUUACAAACACGAAACAAAACACACAGUAACUUCCAAGGAGCGUACACUCCCUCCUUUUAUAGCAGUUUUGUUACUUUUAUACAUUUCCAAAUAAGGAAUUUCCCAUUUAUGGUCUUGUCUGGUGAAAUCAGCCCUGGUGAGGUGGCAUUAUUGUACAGCAAAAUUUAAUCCAACUUAAUCUUUAUUCCAACAGAGAGGCACUUUGUGUUUUAGGUGUCCAAAGUCAUGGUAGCUCUUAAAGAAAAGGGUGUGUGUUGGGGGGGGGGGGGAUGCCGGAGCGGCUACAGUGCGGCUUAAAGCCGGGUGGCGGCAUUAACAAGGAGUCUCGCUUAACGAGCCGUGAGACUCCGCCCACUCUAUCUACUCAAUAGUAGAGCAGAAAGUUUCAAACCUGCCAUCUUUUUUCCUUUUUUUAAAUAUUACACUUUUUUUCUUGCCGUCUUUGACACGAAAGCAAAUAUGACACUCCACAUUUUUUACACUGGUGUGUAUAUAUCUAUCGAUUUUUCUGUGUGUAUAUACCCAUUUUUCAGCUCUUUUUGUGCUUAAUUAAUCAAUGGAAAGGUUUUUCACCAGUUUGCCUCCUGUUUAUUUUCUCGACCAGGUUUCCGUCUUGUACGUUUAAAUCUACUGCAAAACUUUCAGCCACGUGUAGAAACAAACAGGAGGGGCUGCUCAUAUCCUAAAAGGGUCUAACAUGCAAAUAACCACAUGGCAAAAAAAUAUAUGUACCUGACAGAGAUAAAGGCAAGCACGGUGUAAUUAAAGGCAUAUAGCGAGUCUUUAAAAAAAAGAGAGCUGUUUUUUUCCCCCCUUUUUCAUCACCUUUCCCCCUCGCCAUCUUCUCAGUCGGUCAGAUGUUGGACCACCAAGCAAACGCAUCAUACAUCUGUCACUUUUCUACCUUUUUUAUGGUUCAAAUGAACUUCUGUAUGUCUGUACUGAAAGAAGCUGCUAUUUUCUUCUUGUUUUCUUUUAUUGGUUGUAAUAUAUAUAUAUAUAUAAAUCUAUAUGUAAAACAGAUUCUUCGGGUUAAAUCCUUAAGCGUCCACUACCAUCUUUUACCUUUGCAUAACAAAAAAAAAAAAAAAAAAAAUACACUAUUUAUAUUUUCUGCCCCUAAUCCUUUUUUUCCUCCAUCCUGGUCAUUGUAAUGAAAACCAUACAAAUUCACCUCAUUGUGGAAAUCAUGGUGGUUAAACACUGUGUCUCAUAAAAUCAGAUUCUCAGGUCCAAAUCCAAAUCUUAAUUGUUUAGGCACCUUAAACUUUUAAAGAUUUUCUCCCACUAUGAUGCAACUCUUUUACACAUUUCGGAUUAAAGGAAUCUUUUUUUUUUCCAAAUAAAUGACAUUUGCUCUAUUUUCUUUGCUUCAUUAGGGAUGCAUCAAUACUUUUUUCUUUUCUAAAUAAUUACUUUAGAAUUUCUUUCAUUUCUAAUUUCUUUUUUUUUUUAUUAAUGAACUCAUAAUGAAAGUCAUGGUGUUUAAAAAGGUCUGUUCUCAGUUCCUCGCAGAACAGAACUGCUCCUUGCAUACGCUUUUGGUAUUUUUGAGAAGCAUUGUUUGCUGUUAUAGAUAGUCAGACAUGUCUGGAAUAUCGUCAUUCAGCCUGUGUGCACUAGGCUCACAUCACAUGCAAUGACAGUGUUUUAUAUGUUGAUAUUGGAGCAUUUUUAUAGCCCUGAAUGUAAAGAAUAAGCAUGGCAUUGAACCAGGAACUGAAAACUGUUUUGAUGCAUUCCUAUUUUUAUUUAUUUAUUUUUUUUAUUUUUUUUUGCCUUAACAUCGUCUUACAUUUACUUACUAUAUUUACUCCAUGCAAUUUAAGGGGUGUGUGAUCGAAGCACACAGUUUGUUUAAUGCUAAACAGGUCAUUAUACACCAUUCUAUUUAAUAUUUCCUUUUUUUUUUACAGUCUCAUAGUGCUCCAGUGCAUAAAUAUAUAAAUUAUUAAACCCACUUUUUACAAUUUAUAUUUGGUUAUUGUGUAACUAGAAGAUUUGGCUGUUAUUUAGUCAGUUAUCGACACCCACCACCAUGCUUAUGGAAACCCAAAUGGCCCGUUAGCAUAAAAAUCAUCCUAAGAAACAUUAAUAAAGAGAUGAUCAGGCAAAUCUAUGCAGAAAUUAUCGAAACAUAAAAGUGGUCCUUUUCACCCAUUUCACAGAAAACUUUGACACUCGCCAUCUUUUUUGUUUUUUAUUAUUAUUAUUAUUUCUUUUUUUUUCUCUUUUCCAUUUGUAUCAUUAUUUAUUUUGAUUAAUUUUUUGUGAUAUGUUUAAAAUCACUGUAAAAAAAAAAAACGUGUUUGAGAUUUUUUUUUUUCCAUGUCUUUGGAACUUUUCUUUUUUGUUUCUCCUUCAAGCGUUUAUCUACCUCACCCUUUUUUAUAAAUCUACUAUAUGAACCUGUAUAUAAAGAAAAUUCAUCCAAUUUCUUUUACCCCUUGCCAAAAAAAAAAAAAAAAAAUGGACGCUGUUACUGCUCUGUGUAUCUGAGUAAACCUCAAACACAACCAACCACACGGCCUGGCAGUGGAGAUGCGCUGGUGUCGUGGAUGUUCGGACAAACUGGCUGCUUUCUUAUAUCCCUAUACGGUUUCCAAUUGUUUCUUAUUUAUUUAAGAGAAAAAAAAGGCCUUAUAAAUUAGCUUCAAUUGUGCUGGAAUGUUGUUGACAUUUUAAUUUAUGCCUCUUUUGUUUUGCUAAGAUGGGGGGGAAAUGGUACUGAAACGCUCCUUUAUUCCUGUUUUUUUUUUUCUUUAUCUUUUUUACCAAGCAAUUGUUCACUAAGUUCAAUGUUUUCUCUUAAGCUUUAUUGUUCCUGUAAGUUCCUUACUGAGUAUUGUGUUGGAAUUCAAACAUGAAUUGAAAAUUGAUUGCCGAGAACUUUGUGACUGUAUGUUGGUGGCUUAUGAGUCGGUAUUGUUUGAACGGCUUUUGGUGAAUUUAGAUGUUUCGUGCUGGGUGUCAGAACGCAGAACCACUUUAAGAAAUUAUUGAAAUAGAAGGAAAUUUGAAUAUAUAUAUAUAUAAGAGCUGACUUUCAUAAAGAAGAUGCUCGUCCUCAUAAAUUAUACAGCUAACAAACGGCUGGAUUUAAAGCGAAACAGGUUGUCACACCUAUCGUUUAGUUGUUAGUCCUCAUCAUUGCCCUCUCUUUCCUCAGCAGAUUUAAAAUAAGGCAUGUGCUCUUAUUCAGUAUGUUUAUCAUAAGUCUUGACAUGUCUUCACGGUAAUGAUGCGUUGGCUGUAUCAAAAGUAGGCGUAACUUUUUUUCUUCUUUUUUUUUUUUUAUUAAAAAACUUACACAGGUCAUUCAAAUUGCACAUGUUGGUAGAGUAACUCUUCCUCCAUUACAAGCCAAGGAUUUGCACCAUCGUUAAAAUCCGACUCUUGAUCCCCUUUGGAAAAUCCCAUUUGUCGCAGUUGAUGGUCUCCCUCUGCGCUACAUAAUUUUUUUAUUUUUAUUUUUUCCCACGGAGAUGACUCCAUUGACGAGAGCACUGUGCACAGACAUAUAAACAGUUUAUUUAAGGGGAAACCAGCACUGAAGAUAAACCACACAGUGGAGACCAACUGUGACAGUGGUGAUUUUCAAACAGUAUUCAAUAGUUAGUUUCAAUGUUGGUGCAAAUAUAUUGCUUGUAUUCUAUUUCAAGAAACAAAACUCUGGUGAACAGCAUUUUUUGGUUUUAUAUUUGUGAUGUUCUAAGGGGAUAAUUUUUGAUUUUUGAUAGUUUUUGCUUAUAACAUUUAUGAUUGUAUUUAUUAAAAUAUAAAUAUACUGUAUCUCAUAAAAAUUGCUGAAUUUUGACCAAGCCAGAGAUAUCACAUGCCUGAAAACUAAAAAUUGUCCAACUCCUGUCAGUCGCAUAGUGACAUUAGCCAAUCAUAGGGUUUGUGAGCUCAUGUAAGUUAAAGGAGGUAGAUGGCAACUAACCUCCAAGUAUAUUACACUGCUCCAUGAUGCAUUAUAAAUACAGCAGGCCAAAAGAAUACAGUUAAACAAAGGAACCGUGUGCAGAUGCUACAGUAGCUCUUAAAAUAAUUGCAAAAAUACCAAACAGCACUUAAACGUUUUGUACGGGUAAUGCCAAAACUGAUCCGUUCGAUCAGAAUCGAUACUUCUGCACACCGUUGUCAUAAACUUAUCAUUAAAUGUAGUAGUUGCUCCCAAUGCCGAUUUCUCCCGUUGUGCUUUUCACCUUCAAAUCGCUUGAACUGUACUCGUGGUAAAGAUGUGCACAAAAGCGAAACGCCAAGAUCUUGAAAUAGUAGGAAAUGUUAAAAUUGGUGGCUCAUGUGAAAAUAUGUAUUUAUUUAACAUAACAGCACUUAAAAGACGUGAGGCGUUUAAGGAUAGUGAUCCCCUAGAUGAAAUGUAUAAGUGAGUACUAAGGAUUUUUUAGUUAAAUAUGUGACUGAUUAUUUACACAUGCCUGCUUUACACAGAAUGUCAAAGUCAUUUAGGACUGAUCCUGAAACUGCAAGCCAAGAUGGAUUGAUGGAAGGCAGUCCAAAAAAAAAAAAAGCAUUGUCCUGAUGAUCCUAAUCUUUUAAGACCUGUUCAUUAUUAAACUUCGAUUCAAUCCAAAUCUGUAAUAUUGUUCCGGGUUCUAUGUCGAGUCACCAUUAGGGCCAGUCACAUGUACAGGCUCGGUUUCCUCAGGGCUUCUCUGCUCUGCUGCUCAUCACAUUGCUGCUCCUCAUUAUUCACCCACUCCAUAUCUGAAUCUGGACCUCAUAUAUUGUACUCCACUGGUACACAUCUUUCACCAAGUAUGGGGCAAUGAUGUGGACGCUCCACCUAGAGCUCUAAAGCAAAAUUUUAUACACUUUCUUUUUUUUUUCUUCUUUUUUUUUUACAAUCACCAUUUUGAUAUUUGUAAACGAUAAAUUUAAAUAUGGGGUUAUAAUAGAAAAAAAGAUACAGUUUAAAGAUAUUUAACACAGGAUAGAAUAUAUAUAUAGUAGAUAUGAAACUCAAGUUGUUGCGUGUAGAGAAAGUGGAAUGUGAGGAAGGUCUGUGGUUCCAAGUUGGGGAAAAAAAAAACAGGUUUAUAAACAUUUUCAUGUUAUGAUGUUUUGCAGAAAAAAAAGAAAGGGGAAAAAAGUGCCCACUGAAUAUGACUGAUAUAGGCUAUAUGAUGAAGGUUUUGUUCAUAGUGGCACGUUGCUGGAUUUUUUUAGGUGUGCGCGCAAGUGUGGAUGUGAUAUUUGCUACAAAAAAUAAUAAUAAAUUCAGCUCACCAGC